UUUCUCUUUAAUCUGUUUUCAAAAUGGCGCGAGUAUUCAUUUGUUUUUUAUUGAUACAGUGUUUUGUUUUAAAGGUGCUAUCAUCAUACCCUCAACCAACAGUCCAGCAGUAUCUCCAGCUAAUGGGUUUACCCCAACCUCACACAAUUGCUGUUCCGGCUCCUCAACCAGCCCCAAGCAACCAGCCAUGUCCACCCAGUCAACCAAGACCUCCACCUUCACCGCAAACAUUAGCAGCUUUAGCUCUUCCUAAUCUGGUUUCUAGAUUACAACAAUCCUUGCCACCAACGUCCAAUCAACCUAGACCUGUCUCCACUCCGCCUUCGCUCUCCGCGAUAGGUCUACCAAAUUUGGUUGCUCCAAAAUCUGAAAUUAAAGCAGAAAAACCAUCAAGCGUUGAUGCUAAAUUGCUUAACAAUUUGGCUGUAGCCUUACAAUUAUUAAUAGUUAGCAAUAUUUUAAAUUCGCCACCUCCAAAAGAAUCGUUAUUAGCAAAAUCUGCAAGCGAAAACAGUCCUUAUGCGCCCCCGUGUUCGGCACCAUCUUUACCGAACUCCAAUUUUAUCGGAGGUUCAAAUUACCCUGAACAGGGCUUGUCAAAGAGUUAUAAGCCUACUAGAAAUGGCUUAGCGUUAAUGUCGCCUUACGAAGCAUUGGCGCCUGUAAAAUCAUAUUCAGAUUCGUAUUCUUUUGGAUCUUUGAAUCCGCGGCAGGACUUCCAGUCUCCUUAUGCUGUAUUUGCUGAUCAGGACUUGUUUUCAAUGAACGAUUUGUUUUAGUAGUUUAGUUCAUGAUUCAAAAUGUAGA